AUGAGUUCCUUCGCGAACAAUGCCGGGAACUACCGCAACAGGACGCUGGGGGCGUCGCCGAAAUGCCAAAACAUAAGCCACAAAGUGAACUCGGUGGAGAACGGGCCGUCCAUCUUCUGCACCCUGUGCGCCCUACCAUACAACGCCAAAAUUAGACUGAACCCCUGCUUCCAUGUGAUAUGUGGCAAGUGUUACGAACUGUGUGCUCAGCAACAGACGUGUCUCAUGUGCAAUGUAGAAAUAAAUGACGUGGAGUUUCUUUUUGUCGGUGAAAAUGUUUUUGUUUGUCCUUAUGGGGAUUGCAAAAAGGGCUUCCUCAAUUUGAAGUGUUUCCAUUAUCACAUUUAUUUCAAGCACCAGUUUUUAAAGUCAGCUAAUUGUUAUAGUGAAGAUGUAAGCAGCAGUAGCAUCAUGACCGGUCGCCAGAACCCGAGAGGAGAUGCUUUAUCCCUUCCAAGCAAUGAGCCUUUUGCAACUUCCUUUUUUUCAAACAGCGAUGGAUUGAAUGCUUACACCUCCAACCAUGUAGAAGACCAGGAGUUUAAUUGUGACGGAGGAAAAAAUGACCCAAUUGCAAGCGCGGCCAGCAUGAACAUGAGUCGUGCCACGAGUAUAAAUGUCGUCUCACGUGGCGGGGGGGCCCUGCCUUUAGCAAGGGACAACACUCCCUUCAACGUGCACAGUAACCCAAUUAACAACUUUGUAAUGGAUAGCAAAAGCUUGAGUUUGCAGAGUAUGGCCCUUGGUGGAGGUGCCAUGAGCACGAGCGAGAAGAAGAAUAAUGUCUCUGGGGGAAACGUUCCUCCUACCCCUAUGCAGUUCACAGGCAAGUGGGACUAUGGCAACGUUCCUUUUAAGUCUGAUUUUAAUGCGUUUAAUGUCCCCCCUAGUAGCGAUCCUCCCCCCAGCAAUAAUCCCCUUGGGCCCAGUGGGAAGGACAACCAGGAGGACGACUACGACAAUCUGGAGGAUCUCAUGUGA